AUGAAAAUGAAGCUAUUGAUUCUAUGUAUCCCGUUAGUAUUAUCUACAACCAUUUAUGAAUAUCAAGAUGGCAAAACAGCUCCAAUAAUGUGUUACUACGGUGCUAACAAAGUAACAAAAGAACAACUUGAAGCUCGAUCAAUAGUUCAUAUGACCACGACAGUGCUGGAUCCCGAAAUAGUGAAGAUGGCUCUCCAAUACAUCAAAGAAUGUAUUCACGAAAUGUCGAAAGUCAACGAAAAAGUUCGAGUGGACGAAGAUCUCCUCGUCAAAUUAAUCUCGACAAAAUUCGAAGUGUACAAUGUUCUUAAGGCGAAAUGUGAACCAAAAAUGGAGGAGAUCAAGAAAUCGGAAACCGAAUGCUAUAAAACGACUCUACCUGGUGUAGCAUUUUGUAUAGAACUAUGGGGAAAGGAUGAUUGUAUGAAGAAGUUUUAUGCGGAAAAGUGUGGAGAGGAUUAUGUUCAGAAGCUGUGGGAUGAAUAUGUGUUUUUCUCAAGAGGCGAUUGUAAAAGCCUUGGUUAUAGUCAUUGA